UGGGCUAUCAAGCGGUCCACUGUCAUGACAAACGACUUUGAAACGGAGAUCAAGAACCCGCUCUCACUGCGCCAGAGGCUGCGCCUGGCGCAGGGAGCAGCGGAGGGGCUGGCGUACCUGCACGGGUUUGGAACUCCCAUCAUUCACCGUGACAUCAAGCCGGCCAACAUCCUUGGGACUGCCGACAUGCACGCCAAGGUGACCGACUUUGGGCUGCUCAAGCUGCUCACUCAUGGUGAUGCCGAUGCAAACAGAGUGGCGGGCACUCCGGGCUAUGUGGACCCAGAUUACAACCGCACCAACAUCAUCACUGCUAGGAGUGAUGUAUUCAGCUUUGGCAUCGUGCUACUGGAGUUGCUGAGUGGCCAGCUGCCCCACAAGCUCCAGGGGUCGCACAUCAGAGAAUGGGUGGUGUGACUCCCAUACACUGACUUCCU